GAAGAUUGUACUCAAAGAGAACAAGGUGCUGGAACAGACGGUGAGGGACUCGUUCGAGCGGCUGGAGAAGGAGCUGGCGGCUGUGCGGAAGACCCACAAGGAGCUGCUCGACGCUCGCGAGGAGCUGCUCAACGGCCCGCCGGUGGGCUCGGCCAGUGGAGCGGGCGGGGAUGGGGCUGAGGUGCAGGCGCUGCAGGCCCAAGUUGCAAAGCUUCAGAAGCGGGAGGCCAAGUACAAGCAGAAGCUGGCGGCGGUGACCGGCAAGAGCGAGGCCGGCGACGAGGGCGACGAGGGUGACGAGGCCGAUGGAGCCGACGGUGCUGGCGGCUCGGUGCCGGCGGCCGAGCUGGAGAAGAUGCAGUCUGAGUUUGCCGCCAAGGAGCUGAAGCUCAAGGAAUGGAUGGAGAAGCAGAUGCAUGCCGAGGAGAGCAAGCGCGAGGAGGAGCGCAAGGCGCUGCAGCAGCGCAUCGACGAGCUGGAGGCGCUCUCUGCCACCGAUGCCGAGCAGAAGGAGGCGAUGCUGAAGAAGCUCAAGCGGACGCUUGCGGCGUCGGGACAGCCGACUUUGCCAACGGCGUCCGUGCGCUGCACCGCAAGUUUGUGAGCCUGCGGUCCGACUUUGCAGCGCUCAAGGACGAGGCGUACCGGCAGCGCAAGACAAUCGGGCCGGACAUCCAGCAGUUUGCCGACAUGGUCCGCGACAAGGUGGAGGAAGAGUCUGAGCGGACCGAGGCUGCGGUGGCCAAGUACCGCGUCGCCAUGCAAAAGAACAAGAAGCUGUACAACAAGCUGCAGGAGAUGCGCGGCAACAUCCGCGUGUACUGUCGGACCCGUCCGCUGUCCGAGGCCGAGCUGGGCGCCGGGCAGAUCAUGGCGGCGACCGCGAUGAACAACGAGGAGAUUGCUGUGGUCGACACCUCGCGCGGCGAGGAGAUCCGCAAGAUCUUCAAGUUUGACCGCGUCUACGGGCCGGGCACUAAGCAGGACGAGGUGUUCCAGGACACCAAGCCGCUGGUCACCUCGGUCCUCGACGGCUACAACGUGUGCAUCUUUGCCUACGGACAGACCGGCUCCGGCAAGACGUACACCAUGGAGGGUCCGCCAGAGAACCCUGGCAUCAACAAGCGGACCCUGCAGGAGCUCUUCCGCAUCGCCGACGAGCGCUCCGAGGACUACGACAUCUCGAUCACCGUCUCUAACAUGGAAAUCUACAACGAGAACAUCUACGACCUGCUCGCCGAGCCGCCGGCCGAGGGCGUCCACUCGAUCCAGGCACGCCUCGACAUCCGCAUGGGCGCCCAGGGCAUCGACGUGCCCGGCCUCGUCGAGGAGACAUGCUCCUCGCUCGACGACGUGCUUGCUGUCAUCCAGCGCGGCGCCGCCAACCGCUCCACCUUUGCCACAGACAUGAACGAGCACUCGUCACGCUCGCACGCCAUCCUUCGCAUCGUCGCCCGCUGCCAGAACAAGAUCUCGCGCAUCGCCACCGUCGGCAAGCUCUCGCUCGUCGACCUGGCCGGCUCAGAGCGCGUCGCAAAGUCGGGCGUCACCGCCGAGCGCCUCAAGGAGGCCCAGAACAUCAACCGCUCACUCUCGGCCCUCGGCGACGUCAUCCAGUCGCUCACCGCCAAGAACAAGGCCCACAUCCCCUACCGCAACUCCAAGCUCACUUUUCUCCUCGCCGACUCGCUCGGUGGCGACUCAAAGACCCUCAUGUUUGUCCAGGUUGCCCCGGGCUCGUACAACGCGCCCGAGACAAUCUGCUCGCUCACCUUUGCUGCUCGCGUCCGCUCCGUCAAGCUCCAGCUCGCCUCGGUCCACACCGAGUCACCGGAGCUCUCCGAGUAUAAGGACAUGGUGGCCAAGCUUCAGGCCAAGCUCGCUGCGGCCGGCUCGGCCUCGUAGCCUCCCUCCCCACGAUCAUAACACUCUCUCCGAUGCCAG